AUGUUAAAAUUAAUUUUUAUAAUACUUUUUAUUAGUCCUAUUUGUUUUAUUAAUGGGUUGUUUUGAAUGGUACAAAAUUUAUUAUUUGUUGUUACUUUUAUUUUCAUUAUAUUAAAUUAUUGUACUAAUUAUUUUGUGAAUAUUUCUUAUUUUUUAGGAUUUGAUGUAAUUUCUUAUGGAUUAAUUUUAUUAAGUUUUUGAAUUUGUACAUUAAUGUUGACAGCUAGUGAGUCUGUUAAUAAAUAUAAUAAUUAUAAAAGAUUAUUUUUGUUUAAUGUAUUAAUUUUAUUGAUUUUUUUAGUUUUGACUUUUAGAAGUAUAAAUUUAUUUAUAUUUUAUUUAUUUUUUGAAAGUAGUUUAAUUCCUACUUUAUUUUUAAUUUUAGGAUGAGGAUAUCAACCAGAACGUUUACAGGCUGGUGUUUAUUUAUUAUUUUACACUUUAUUAGUUUCUUUACCUAUAUUGGUUGGGAUUUUUUAUUUAUAUAAUACUUUAAAUACUAUAAACUUUUAUUUAUUGGGUAAUUAUAUAUUUAAUUAUGAUUUGUUGUAUUUAAGUUUAAUUUUAGCCUUUUUAGUUAAGAUACCAAUAUUUUUGGUUCAUUUAUGGCUACCUAAAGCUCAUGUAGAGGCUCCAGUUUCAGGAUCAAUAAUUUUAGCUGGCAUUAUAUUGAAGUUAGGAGGAUAUGGGCUAUUACGGGUGUUUUCUUUUAUACAAAUGAGAGGCAUUAAAUAUAAUUAUAUUUGAGUUAGUAUUAGAUUAGUAGGGGGGGUAUUGAUUAGUUUGGUUUGUUUACGUCAAACUGAUUUAAAGGCCCUUAUUGCUUAUUCUUCUGUAGCUCAUAUAGGUAUUGUAUUAGGGGGUCUUAUAACUUUAACUUAUUGAGGUCUUUGCGGGUCUUAUACUUUGAUAAUUGCUCAUGGAUUAUGUUCUUCGGGGUCGUUUUGUUUAGCCAAUAUUACAUAUGAACGGUUAGGGAGUCGAAGUUUAUUAUUUAAUAAGGGGUUAGUAAAUUUUAUACCUUCUAUAACAUUAUGGUGAUUUUUACUAAGAGCUUGUAACAUAGCGGCCCCUCCUUCCCUGAAUUUAUUAGUGAAAAUUAAUUUAUUUAAUAGAAUUGAUAGAAGAUCUAGAGUUACUAUAAUUUCAAUAUCUUUAUUAUCUUCUUUUAGAGCAGCAUCUACAUCAUAUUUUUAUGCUGAUAGUCAACACGGUAAGGUUUUUUCUGGCGCAUAUUCAUUUAGAGGGGGUAAGAUUCGUGAAGAUUUGUUAUUAUUUCUUCAUCGGUGUCCUUCUAAAUAUAUUAUUUUAAAGAGAGAGAUUUGUUUAUUUUGACUCUAA